UUCUAUCUUUUGCAUAAAAAAGAUGAUGAUCUUUGGGUAGUUAUUCCCCACCCGAAAUACCAUCAAACAUACCUUCCCGACAUUUAUUGCUCGAGUUGUUCCACAUCUAUCUCUCCAUUCCAGUGAUUCAAAUCUAUGAUUCAGUAGAAGAACAAUGGAGAAAGAAGCAAAGAAAGAAGCUUUUAGAAAGUAUUUAGAUUCUAGUGGCGUUCUAGAUGCUUUGACUAAAGUUCUUGUGGCUUUAUAUGAACAGAGUGACAAACCUUCAUCAGCUGUUGAGUUUGUCCAGCAGAAACUAGGUGGUCCUAGCUUGUCUGAAUAUGAAAAAUUACAAGCCGAAAUGUCUGAUUUGCAAAUUAGAUAUAAUGAGCUUUUGGCACUUCAUCAAGAAACAUGUAACCAGCUUGAAGAGUUAAAAAACACCCACACUGUAGUGUCAUCAAAAGAGAAGGUUGAAGGGGAACUUCCAACAGAUAAUUUAUGAGGAUAUUUUGGUAAAAUACACGAAGAAACAAAAUGUUACAAUAACCACUCUGUAUACAAAAAAUUCAUUUUUCCCUUAUCUGAUGCUCUGCUAUGCUGGAUGCUAAUUUCAUUUUUAUUUUCUCAUAUGUUGUACUUUGUGACACUA